GGCAGCAAACACAGUGUGAACGAAAGGAGGGGGGGAAAAUUUUUUAAAGCUAAACGUGGAGCAGCCAGCCGGAGAUCGAGAAGGUGAAUCAAUGCGUGGAGCGCAAUAAAAAAUAAAAAGCCCAUAUACUUCGGAGCAAACAGCAUUUAAAAAGCUACGGCUCAACUGAAACCGAAGAUAAAACCUGCUCAUGCACCAUGGUUUUUCAAACUCGGCACCCUUCAUGGAUUAUUUUAUGCUACAUCUGGCUGCUCCACUUCGCACACACCGGAGAAGCGCAGGCUGCAAAGGAAGUACUACUGCUGGAUUCUAAAGCACAACAAACAGAGUUGGAGUGGAUUUCCUCUCCACCCAAUGGGUGGGAAGAAAUUAGUGGUUUGGACGAGAACUAUACCCCAAUCCGAACAUACCAGGUUUGCCAGGUCAUGGAGCCCAACCAAAACAACUGGCUGCGGACUAACUGGAUUUCGAAAGGCAAUGCACAAAGGAUUUUUGUAGAAUUGAAAUUCACCCUGAGGGAUUGUAACAGUCUUCCUGGAGUCCUGGGAACUUGCAAGGAAACCUUUAAUUUGUACUAUUAUGAAACAGACUACGACACUGGCAGGAAUAUAAGAGAAAAUCUCUAUGUCAAAAUAGACACCAUUGCUGCAGAUGAAAGUUUUACCCAAGGUGACCUUGGUGAAAGAAAGAUGAAGCUUAACACUGAGGUGAGAGAGAUUGGACCUUUGUCCAAAAAGGGAUUCUAUCUUGCCUUUCAGGAUGUAGGGGCUUGCAUAGCUUUGGUUUCGGUCAAAGUGUACUACAAGAAGUGCUGGUCCAUUAUUGAGAACUUAGCUAUCUUUCCAGAUACAGUGACUGGUUCAGAAUUUUCCUCUUUAGUCGAGGUCCGAGGGACCUGUGUCAGCAGUGCAGAGGAAGAAGCGGAGAACGCUCCCAGGAUGCACUGCAGCGCAGAGGGAGAAUGGUUAGUGCCCAUUGGAAAAUGUAUCUGCAAAGCAGGCUUCCAGCAGAAAGGGGACACUUGCGAACCCUGUGGCCGUGGGUUCUACAAAUCUUCCUCUCAAGAUCUUCAGUGCUCUCGUUGUCCAACUCACAGUUUUUCUGAUAAAGAAGGCUCCUCAAGGUGUGACUGUGAGGAUGGGUAUUACAGGGCUCCAUCUGACCCACCAUAUGUGGCAUGCACAAGGCCUCCAUCUGCACCGCAGAACCUCAUUUUCAAUAUCAACCAAACCACAGUGAGCUUGGAAUGGAGUCCCCCUGCAGACAAUGGGGGGCGAAACGACGUGACCUACCGGGUACUCUGUAAGCGCUGCAGCUGGGAGCAGGGCGAAUGCGUCCCCUGUGGGAGUAACAUUGGCUACAUGCCCCAGCAGACUGGAUUAGAGGAUAACUAUGUCACUGUCAUGGACCUGCUGGCCCACGCUAACUACACCUUUGAAGUUGAAGCUGUAAAUGGAGUUUCUGACUUGAGUCGAUCCCAGAGGCUCUUUGCGGCUGUCAGUGUCACCACGGGGCAAGCAGCUCCCUCGCAAGUGAGCGGAGUAAUGAAGGAGAGAGUGCUGCAGCGGAGUGUGGAGCUUUCCUGGCAGGAACCCGAACAUCCCAAUGGAGUCAUCACCGAAUAUGAAAUCAAGUAUUACGAGAAAGAUCAAAGGGAACGGACCUACUCGACAUUAAAAACCAAGUCUACUUCAGCCUCCAUUAAUAACUUGAAGCCAGGAACAGUGUAUGUUUUCCAGAUUCGGGCUUUUACUGCUGCUGGUUAUGGAAAUUACAGUCCCAGACUUGACGUUGCUACACUAGAGGAAGCUACAGGUAAAAUGUUUGAAGCUACGGCCGUCUCAAGCGAACAGAAUCCUGUGAUUAUAAUUGCUGUGGUCGCAGUAGCCGGGACUAUCAUUCUGGUGUUCAUGGUCUUUGGCUUCAUCAUUGGAAGAAGGCACUGUGGUUAUAGCAAAGCUGACCAAGAAGGGGAUGAAGAGCUUUACUUUCAUUUUAAAUUUCCAGGCACCAAAACCUACAUUGACCCUGAAACCUAUGAGGACCCAAAUAGAGCUGUCCAUCAAUUCGCCAAGGAGCUAGAUGCCUCCUGUAUUAAAAUUGAGCGUGUGAUUGGCGCAGGAGAAUUUGGAGAAGUCUGCAGUGGCCGUUUGAAACUCCCAGGGAAAAGAGAUGUUGCAGUAGCCAUAAAGACCCUGAAAGUUGGUUACACAGAGAAGCAAAGGAGAGACUUUUUAUGUGAAGCCAGCAUCAUGGGGCAAUUUGACCACCCAAAUGUUGUCCAUUUGGAAGGGGUUGUUACAAGAGGGAAGCCAGUCAUGAUUGUAAUAGAAUUUAUGGAAAAUGGAGCCCUAGAUGCAUUUCUCAGGAAACACGAUGGGCAAUUUACAGUCAUUCAGUUAGUAGGAAUGCUGAGAGGAAUUGCUGCUGGAAUGAGAUAUUUGGCUGAUAUGGGAUAUGUUCACAGGGACCUUGCAGCUCGCAAUAUUCUUGUCAACAGCAAUCUUGUUUGUAAAGUGUCAGAUUUUGGCCUGUCCCGGGUUAUAGAGGAUGAUCCCGAAGCUGUCUAUACAACGACUGGUGGAAAAAUUCCAGUAAGGUGGACAGCACCUGAAGCCAUCCAAUACCGGAAAUUCACAUCAGCCAGUGACGUAUGGAGCUAUGGAAUAGUCAUGUGGGAAGUUAUGUCUUAUGGAGAGAGACCUUAUUGGGACAUGUCAAAUCAAGAUGUUAUAAAGGCGAUAGAAGAAGGUUAUCGUCUGCCAGCACCCAUGGACUGCCCAGCCGGUCUUCACCAGCUGAUGCUGGAUUGUUGGCAGAAGGAACGUGCUGAAAGGCCAAAGUUUGAACAGAUAGUCGGAAUUCUAGACAAAAUGAUUCGAAACCCAAAUAGCCUGAAGACACCCCUGGGAACAUGUAGUAGGCCAAUAAGCCCUCUUUUGGAUCAAAACACUCCUGACUUCACUACCUUCUGCUCAGUUGGAGAAUGGCUACAAGCUAUUAAGAUGGAAAGAUAUAAAGAUAACUUCACAGCAGCCGGCUACAACUCCCUUGAAUCAGUGGCCAGGAUGACUAUUGAGGAUGUGAUGAGUUUAGGGAUCACACUGGUGGGCCAUCAGAAGAAAAUCAUGAGCAGCAUUCAGACUAUGAGAGCGCAAAUGCUCCAUUUACAUGGAACUGGCAUCCAAGUGUGAUAAGCCUUUCUCCCUUGCGAGGGAGAUGCUGGACCGCAAGAGAACAGUACUGGCCUUCAGUGUACGCAUAGAAUGCUGCUAGCAGACACUUGACGUCCUGGGUCCUUCCUGCAGUGAACUGAAGGUUUAAGAAGCACCUACAGACUUGAACUCCUAAGUGCCACCAGAAUAUAUAAAAAGGGAAUUUAGGAUCCACCGCCGGUGGCCAGGAAAACAGCAGUGACCAUAAACAAAGUACUACCUGAGAAACAUCCAAACACCUGAGCUCUAUAACCUCCUUUUUAUCUGAUAGACUUUUUAAAAUGUACAUAAAGAAUUUAAGAAAGAAUAUAUUUGUCAAAUAAAAUCAUGAUCUUAUUGUUAAAAUCAAUGAAAUAUUUUCCUUAAAUAUGUGAUUUCAGACUAUUCCUUUUUAAAAUCAUUUGUGUUUAUUCUUCAUAAGGACUUUCUUUUAGAAAAUUGUUUAUAGCUUGGACCUUUUUAGUGUUAAUCUAUGACACAUUACUACACUGGGUACCUUUGAAAGAAUCUCAAAUUUAAAAAGAAAUAGCAUGAUCGAAGAUAUAUCUCUGUCAGAACAUUGGUAUCCCUUUUAUGUCAUUUAAUUUUGUUUAAUCAGUGCUGUUUUGAUAUUGUUUGCUAAUUGGCAGGUAGUUGAGAAAAUCCAAGUUGCCAAGCGCUCUGAUAUUUUUUAAAAAGAAAUUUUUUUGUAAGGAUCUGACAACACUAUCUUUUCAAUGAAAAUAGCAAUAAUGAUCCAUAAAUACUAUAAGGCACUUUUAGCAGAUUGUUUAUAGAGUGAUUUUACUAGACAGAAUUUAAUAAACACUCAAAUUGUAGGUUUAUGAUUAUAUAAAAAAAGAUAAGGCACUUCAUCUAAAGAAUGUUGGUGAAGGCAAAUCUCUGAAAGCAAGAACUAUCCAGUGUUAUCUAAAAUUUAAUCUGAGCACAUCACAAUUUUUUCAAUAUCAAACAUUUAGGAAAUUUAGGAGAAAUAGUUGGCAUAUAUUUUAUAUCCUAUUCUGUUUAAUGCAGUCCAAACAUUAAAGGGAAGAAUUAAGUUUUAUGUUAGAACUCUGAAGCAUGAUAAAAGGGGCAGUUCACAAUUUUCACCUUUCAAAAACAAAUUUGCUGCACAGAAUAUCACCAUUGCAGUUAAAAAAAAAAAAAAGAGUAUUUUUAUUUGUGAACACUGAUGUGAUACGUUUGUUUAAUGAAAGAACUCUUUUAACCACGUCAGGAAGAGGUGAAGGAUCUGGCUUUUUUUUAAAGCUUUAUUUAUUAAACCAUGUUAUUUGAUUACUGUGUUAGAAUUUCAUAAGCAAUAAUUAAAUGUGUCUUUAUAGCUAUUUCAGGAAUGUAUACCUAUUGUGAGUAAUGCUUUCAAAAGUUAUGAAAAUCAUGAACUACCCCAGAAUUGAACUGUUGCAUUUCCAAAGAGAAUUGGGCUGUUUAUAAUAAUCAUUUUAAUAGAGAAAGAUCCCAGGGAUCGGUCAUAAUUGGUCUUGUUUGAUAAUGUGGGCACCCACAAGCAAACAAAUAACAGAAACACAGCCUGUAAAUGCUCCUUUGUAAAACUUGUAAAUUUUAUUUAUACUGUCUUGUUUUCUACACACAUUUCUCGGUAGUGGGCUCUGAAUACAUUGAAAAUGCACUAUAUUUUUCUAUUUUACUUGCAGAGCAUCACAAAAGAACAGGUAUUUUCAGUGCUACAUGAUGUGUUUUCCCACAUUUAGGACCAAAGAUGGCUAUAGAAAAACUCAAACUGAUUGCUUCCCAAGCCCCU